UUUAACCUGCCAGAAAUUUGAGUGCAUGGGAAUGAAUUGCUACAAAGAAGGAAAUGUUUAUACAAGUUCCUCUGAUUCUAAGUGUUCUCAUAAUUCUUACUGCGAGCUGUAUCGUCACAACAGCAGUUACUAUGAAGCCAGGUGUGAAGAACACUGUAUACAUCAUGAGUGCCCCAAAGAUGGAACUCCAAUGGACGGAUGUUCUAUAUACUGUUGCAACACAUCAAAGUGUCUCACUCUGGACAACGUGCUUGGUAGUAUGAAUGACACCACCGUUUGGCAAAGCACUGCACCUGCCACAACGAUAACGCAAGCAACAACAAUAGCCACAGUUGUGUACAGUGACAAAAUAUGUCGAUCGUUUAGAUGUGAUGGGGCGGAUUGCUAUAAAAACCAUGCAAAUGGAGCCACUAAGAAAUGUCAAGUUGGAAUAAAUCACUGUGAGCUUCAAAAAAAAGUCACUGGGACCACUGUUUCCUAUGAGGGAGGCUGCAGUAACACAUGUGCUACCAGCACCAAGUCCUGCUCCAGCAUCACCAACAGUGACUGUUUUCACGAGUGCUGUAAUGCAACAACCACUGCCUGCUGCAUGAAGCUGGAUGGGCAGGUGCAUUUCAACACUGCUGCCCACAUCAACCUGAGCUCCUUCUUGAAGAUAUUUUCAUAUGCUUUCAUUGUGAUUUUUUCUUCUUGCUUUUUCUCCUCCCAAUGGGCUUAAAUCCCCAUCAAAAAAUGCCCAUGCAUCUUGAGCAUUACAAUCUUGAAAAUGAUCUCUGUCUAUUAUUGAGAUGCUUUGAUUUCCUCAGAAAUCACAAGCUUAGUUGUAUAUCAUUAGACUGUCCUAACUCUUGGAGGAUAUGAUCAACCUAUAAACAUAUACCAAAGUGACAACUCAUUUCCUUAUUAUGUAAUGUCCCAACGUUCCAGAGCAGUAGUCUGGAACACUGGAGCACCUUAGCAUAUGGUGUACAUUAUGAAAUCUCAUUCAGCUUAAAUGAUUCAAAAGUAUUCACACCUGCCACUAACUAAUAGGUUAAUAAUAAACAUGCACUGUUUUAUUUUAUGGUGAAAAUAGGAGGUGUGAGUUUGGGAUGAGUAAUCCAUUAA